GCUCCCUCCUUCACUCCACCCAGUUGUAGGAUCGAUCCCCGGGGCAGGGCAGGGCCGGUGUAAGAUGGAGGGUUUAACGUUGAGUGAAACGGAGCAGCGCUAUUACUGCGACCUCUUCUCCUACUGCGACACGGAGAGCACCAAGAAAGUCGCGUCCAACGGGCGGGUCCUGGAGCUUUUCCGCGCCGCGCAGUUACCCAACGAGAUAGUCAUGCAGAUCAUGGAACUUUGUGGUGCAACUAGACUUGGAUACUUUGGAAGAAGCCAAUUCUACAUUGCUUUGAAACUUGUUGCAGUGGCUCAGUCUGGGUUUCCACUACGAAUGGAAAGUUUAAAUUCUGUCAAAGACCUCCCCCUGCCCCGAUUUGUGAUGUCAAAGAAUGAGCAAGAGUUAAGGCAUUCAUCCUUGUAUUCUUCAGAUGCUGAUAACUCAUCUUCCUAUUCAGGUGCAAUUCCUCCUCCACCAGGCAGAAUACAAGCUAAAAAGGGCUCUGUGAGCCAUGAUAUAGUUCAGCAACGUCCAUCUACAGAUCAACAGGAGUCUACAUCUCCAGUCGUUUCACCGGAACAGUCUCCACCAACUUCUCCCCAUUCGUGGAGGAAACACAGCCGCCAUCCUAGUGGAGGAAAUAACGAGCGAUGUGUUGCUGGACAGGGACCUUUCUGGGCUCCGUUUAAUGAAGCACAGUCAGGUUCCUGUAAUGCUGGCGAACCAGUGUGGUCUGGCCAUUCACCCCCACCGCAUCAAGAAAACUGGGUCAGUUUUGCAGAUAAUACACCAACCAGUACUAUUUUAACCAUGCAUCCUGCUUCUGUCCAGGACCAGACUACAGUACGAACUGUAGCAUCAGCUACAACAACAAAUGAAAUUCGUAGGCAGUCAAGUAGCUAUGACGAUCCUUGGAAAAUAACAGAUGAACAAAGGCAAUAUUAUGUAAAUCAGUUUAAAACUAUUCAGCCUGAUCUGAAUGGAUAUAUUCCAGGUUCUGCAGCUAAAGAAUUUUUUACAAAAUCAAAGCUUCCUAUUCUUGAACUUUCACACAUCUGGGAGCUGUCAGAUUUUGAUAAAGAUGGUGCAUUAACAUUGGAUGAGUUCUGUGCUGCUUUCCAUCUAGUGGUUGCUAGGAAAAAUGGUUAUGACUUGCCGGAAAAGCUACCUGAAAGUUUAAUGCCCAAGCUGAUUGAUUUGGAGGACUCAGCAGUGGUUCCUGUUUCAGAAGUGGGAGAUCAAUCUGCUGAGGUAGGUUUUGCAAGUUCCCCAGCAGAAGCACCGCCAAGCAAAUCACCAUCAAUGCCAUCACUUAAUCAGACGUGGCCUGAACUGAAUCAAAGCAGCGAGCAGUGGGAGACAUUUAGUGAACGCUCUUCCAGCUCACAAACUCUGACCCAAUUUGAUUCUAAUAUUGCACCAGCUGAUCCUGAUACUGCUAUUGUUCACCCUGUUCCUAUUCGAAUGACACCAAGCAAAAUUCAUAUGCAAGAAAUGGAACUUAAAAGAACUGGAAAUGAUCACACAAACCCUACAAGUCCCCUGCUAGUGAAGUCUCCAGAUCUUGCAGAAGAAAGUAAAAUAAGUUCAUCAGUAAAAUUCACAGGAGGAAAUACAGCUGCAGAUGGUUACAGCAGCUCAGAUUCCUUUACUUCAGAUGCAGAACACAUUGGAAGUACUGUAACCAGACAACGGUCACAUUCAGGGACUUCUCCAGAUAACCCUGCUCCUCCUCCACCCCCUCCAAGGCCUCACCCCUCUCAUUCCCGAUCAUCAUCUUUAGAUAUGAAUAGGACCUUCCCAGUUACUCCAGGUCAACAGCAGACUGGAGUGGUUGCUUGUCCCCCAGCAGUGCCUCCAAGACCUCAGCCCGCACAGGCUGGAAGCCAUGUUCAUCGAUCAUCAGAUGCUGAUGGUCUAAUAGUGCAUAACAGUACUUCACCUCAACAAAUCCCAGAACAGCCAAACUUCGCAGACUUUAGCCAUUUUGAGGUUUUUGCUGCAUCGAAUGUAAAUGAAGAUGAUGUUGAAGAAAUUGAGAAACUUCCAGAAGCUGUCCAGGUAGAAAAACCCUCUGAUACUGCAGUAUCUAUAAGAGUUGCCAAAGGAGAUGGAAGAACAGAAGACAAAACAGUUUCUACUACCCCUGCAAACAUGGCCAAAGGCACUACACCUCUAGCACCACCACCAAAGCCUAUCCGCAGAAGGCCAAAAUCCGAAGAUGAGCUGAAACCUGAAGUGGAGGAGCAUGCGCAGAAAACAGGUGUCAUAGCUGCUGUUCUUGCUUCUCAGCCAUCUAUUCCUAGAUCAGUGGGAAAGGACAAGAAAGCUAUUCAGGCAUCAAUUAGACGCAAUAAGGAGACCAACACUGUUUUGGCCAGACUGAACAGUGAAUUGCAGCAACAAUUAAAGGAUGUCCUGGAGGAGAGAAUUUCACUGGAGGUUCAACUGGAACAGCUUCGGCCCUUCUCUCACUUAUAAACCAGUUGCCAUUAACUGUGAAAUAAUUAACUCUGAAACAGAAAAUUGGGUAAAAGGCCUAAUUA